UGCAAUUGUUCGCAUCGUCCUUAUCCAACACCUAUUACAAAUUAAAGUAAACAUACUAUGGAUUUGCGAUUUAUUUCUCAAAAGUAGUAUUCCCGAGUUUCAUCCACACUUUAUUCAGAGCAGCGCAGACUGAGCGACACUUUACGGCAGUGCCGUGACGCGUCUCUGCCGUUACCGACCGGCUGAGAGAGAAACGCAGCGAGAAGAUAAAGCAAUAGUCAUUAUCGAUCACACCUGAUUCACUUAAAACCACUGGCGUCCUCACGGUAAACACAUUAUCCCCUCACAAUAGGAAACUAGAUGUGGAGACGGGGCUGAAAGAAGGAGCUUCGCCAGGGAAGGCAUCUAGCCGAGGGACCGAGCUCGUUAAGUAGCCUAGUGCCUCCCGAGCGGCUCCAGGAGGAGAUCAACAAUAGUGAACAUGGACUAUGACUUCAAAGUGAAGUUGACCGGCGAGAGAGAACGAGUGGAGGACCUGUUCGAGUACGAAGGGUGUAAGGUGGGAAGGGGCACCUACGGACAUGUGUAUAAAGCCAAGAGAAAGGAUGGGAAGGAUGAUAAGGAUUACGCCCUGAAGCAGAUUGAAGGCACUGGCAUCUCGAUGUCGGCCUGCAGAGAGAUAGCACUUCUCCGGGAGCUGAAGCAUCCCAACGUCAUCUCCCUGCAGAAGGUGUUCCUGUCGCACGCCGACCGAAAGGUGUGGCUCCUGUUCGACUACGCGGAGCACGACCUGUGGCACAUAAUCAAGUUCCACAGAGCGUCCAAGGCCAACAAGAAGCCCCUGCAGUUACCGAGGGGGAUGGUGAAGUCCCUGCUCUACCAGAUCUUGGACGGCAUCCAUUACCUCCACGCCAACUGGGUGCUCCACAGAGAUCUGAAACCUGCCAACAUCUUGGUGAUGGGGGAGGGGCCAGAGCGGGGCCGGGUGAAGAUUGCCGACAUGGGCUUUGCACGUCUUUUCAAUUCACCACUAAAGCCUUUAGCUGACUUGGACCCUGUGGUGGUCACGUUCUGGUACAGAGCUCCAGAACUACUGCUGGGGGCCCGGCACUACACAAAAGCCAUCGACAUCUGGGCCAUCGGCUGCAUCUUCGCUGAGCUCCUGACGUCCGAGCCCAUCUUCCACUGCCGGCAGGAGGACAUCAAGACCAGCAACCCGUACCACCACGACCAGUUGGACCGCAUCUUCAACGUCAUGGGCUUCCCCGCCGAAAAGGACUGGGAAGACAUCAAGAAGAUGCCAGAGCACUCUACUCUGAUGAAGGACUUUAGGAGAAACACAUACACAAAUUGUAGCCUUAUAAAAUACAUGGAGAAACACAAAGUCAAACCAGACAGCAAAGCAUUCCAUUUGCUUCAGAAAUUGCUGACCAUGGACCCCAUCCGUAGGAUCACGUCUGAGCAGGCCAUGCAGGACCCCUACUUCCUGGAGGAACCUCUGCCCACCUCCGAUGUGUUCGCAGGCUGCCAGAUCCCCUACCCCAAGAGGGAGUUCCUGACCGAGGAGGAGCCGGAGGACAAGGCCGACAAAGUCAGAAAUAAAAACCAGCAGCAGCAGCAGGGCAACAACCACACCAACGGGGCGGGGCACACGGGUAACCCUGACAACAGCCACACCCAGGGCCCGCCUCUGAAGAAGGUGCGAGUGGUGCCGCCCACCACGACCUCAGGUGGUCUCAUCAUGACCUCAGACUACCAGCGCUCAAAUCCACAUGCUGCCUACCAGAACCCAGGACCAAGCACAUCACUGCCCCAGAGCAGCAUGGGGUAUUCCUCUACCUCCCAGCAGCCGCCGCAGUACUCCCACCAGACCCACCGCUACUGACAGCCCCAUCCUCCCCUCCUCCCCCACCCCACCUCACACACACACACCUAAACCCUCUCAAGGAGAAUGUAUGGUGAGGUGGAGGUGUCCCCCCCCGGGGUAACGAACCAGACCCUCCCCUACACCACGCACCCGCCACCCCGUCUCAGGAGAGCUCCUGGCAGGAGGAACAAGGAGUGACCGAAGAGAAGAACAUAACCGAUGCCUUCCUCCCGUCUCCCCUUGUCUGCUGACCAGUGGAUCAUUGCCCCAUGCGCCACACCAGAGUGUUCUGCCUGGUGUGUUUUUAGUGGACUACCGUUGAUUUGGUCUGCCUGAAAACCUGACAAACUUAAUAAAUAAAUAAAUAAAGAGGGACGUCCCGGACUCUGGAUGAAAGUGAGAGGACACUGAAUGCUGCUAGUGGCAGCCAGUGAUGACCCUCUCCGUCCGUCUGUCUGUCUGUCAUAGCUCAGUCCUUCUGUUUUCUGUAGGUCUGACCUUUUUAUUUUAUAUGUAGGUCGGUCUAUCAGUAGGACAUGGCUCCUGUAAAGGUCAAUCAUGCUUUCAGUUUAUAUAGCAGUCUAUCUGUAGUAGAGUCUAACUUUCUGUUUAUAAGUAGGUCUGUCCUAGUGUGUGUGUGUGUGUGUGUGUGUGUGUGUGUGUGUGUGUGUGUGUGUGUGUGUGUGUGUGUGUGUGUGUGUGUGUGUGUGUGUGUGUGUGUGUGUGUGUGUGUGUGUGUGUGUGUGUGUGUGUGUGUCCACCUUAAGGCCUUAUCAGAGGGCCAGUGCUGGGAGGCUGAGCACAGAGCCUGAGCUGGGAGGCUGAGGAGCACCACAAUGGGCCGCGGCGUCUGUCAUGGAUGGAAAGAUUCAACAAUUAUUUUGGUAGUUUAUAAUUUAAUAUUUUUCCAUGGUUUUGUUUUCAUGGAAUGAACCGACACAUCACGCCGGGGACGACAGAUGCAUUCUAGUGUAUUGUACUGAGCUAUUAUACACAAUGCCGUUAUGUUGACAUUAAAUAUGGAAACAUGCGUGGUGUUGAUAUUUGAGGGUCUGUUUACAGAAAAGUAGUAACUUGGACGAUUGAUGGAAUAUUUAUGCUCAAAUCAAUGUUUUUUUCGUCAUUUCCGAGCUUACUAAAACACCAGCAAUUCUAAUACAAAUGUAUUUUUAAUGUCGUUAUUGACAGACCAUAGGUACCAGGUGUGUGUGUGUGCGCGCGUGCGUGUUUAGGAAUACUGAUGGGCGCAUAUAUGUAUUGCAAAAACGCUUAUUUAUUAUAAUUAGAAUAUAAUCUAAGGAUCUGCUGUAGGCAAAUUCGUUUUUAUAGGUGCAGUCUAUCAACAAUUCAUAUUAAACGAUCAAAGAAGGAAAUAAAUAUAGUAAAUGACUAUAUUGCCCAAACCGUAACCUACAUGCGCUCUCUGCAGACUGAAUAUCAGCAUAUUUUCUAUUUAUAGCCACGGAUACCCAGCUCUUUGUCAGCAG